AUGCUGUGGAUCCUGCGUCUGGCGCUCUGCAGCCUGCUGACUCCCACGCGAGCGGACCCCGGGGCACUGCUGCGGCUGGGCAUGGACGUCCUGAAUCGCGAGGUCCAGAAUGCCAUGGAUGAGAGUCAUAUCCUGGAGAAGAUGGCAGCUGAGGCGGGCCAAAAACGCCCAGGGAUGACGCCUAUCAAGGGCAUCACUAAUCUGAAAGUGAAGGAUGUGCUGCUGCCUGUCAUCACAAUGAACUUCAUGCCUGGGGUGGGCGUCUUCCAGUGUGUGUCCACGGGCAUGACCAUCACUGGCAAGAGCUUCAUGGGUGGAAACAUGGAGAUCAUCGUGGUCCUGAACAUCACAGCCACCAACCGGCUUCUGCAGGAUGAGGAGACGGGCCUCCCCAUGUUCAAGAGUGAGGGCUGUGAGGUCAUCCUGGUCAGUGUGAAGACAAACCUGCCUAGCAACAUGCUGCCCAAGGUGGUCAACAAGUUCCUGGACAGCACCCUACAUAAAGUUCUUCCUGCUCUGAUGUGUCCUGCCAUUGAUGCAGUCCUGGUGUAUGUGAACAAGAAGUGGGCCAGCCUGAACGCCCCCAUGCCUGUGGGCCAGAUGGGCACUGUCCAAUAUGUCCUGACAUCUGUACCGACCACUACACCCAGCUACAUUCAAGUGGACUUCAGUCCUGUGGUGCAGCAGCAAAAGGGCAACACCGUCCAGCUUGUGGAUGAUGCUGGAGGGGCUGAGUUCCCUGAGGACUAUGCUGAAGGCUCCUCACAGCUGCUGCUCUCGGCCGCCUUCCUCACGGCAGAGCUUGCUCUUCUGCAGAAGUCCUUUGAUGUAAAAGUCAAGGAUACGAUGAUCGGUGAGCUGCCCCCCCAAACCACUGUGACACUAGCUGGCUUCAUCCCUAAAGUGGCUGAAGCCUACCCAAAGCCGAAACCCCUGGUGACCCAGAUCAGGAUAAACAAGCCCCCCAAGGUCACCAUGAAGACCGGCAAGAGCCUGCUGCACCUCCACGGCACCCUGGAGAUGUUUGCUGCUCGGCGGCGGGGCAAGCUGCCUGUAUCCCUCUUUGUCCUGGAAACUCACUUCAACCUGAAAAUCCAGUACUUGGUUCAUGAGGACCGGCUGCAGAUGACCACCUCUCUGGACAGAUUACUGAGCAUGUCCCGGAGGUCCUCAUCGAUUGGCCCCUUCAAGGAGAAGAAAUUGAUUGGCUUCAUCACUGAUUUUCUCCAAGAAGCCUACAUCCCAGUCAUCAAUGAUGUACUCCAAGUUGGGUUCCCACUUCCUGACCUUCUGGACAUGAACUACAACCUGGCAGAGCUGGACAUAACUGAGAAUGCCCUGGUGCUGAACCUGAAGCUAGACUGA